AUGGGAUUUAGAGACCUGAGGGAAAAGGAGCCAACUCAGGCUAAGAGGAGGGCUUCCUGUGCAAAGUCCCUGGAUCUCAGGCUAGUGAGUGAUGACUAUGACUGUGCUGGAUGGUUGGAGGUUUUCCACAAUGGGACGUGGGGCAGUGUGUGCUCCAAUCUCAUGGACAUCAACACCAUCUCAGUCAUCUGCAGACACCUGAGUUGUGGAAACAAGGGGUAUCUUGAUUUCCAUUCUAACCACAGAAAUUUGCCUAUCAAGUGGGUAGAUAAAAUCAACUGCCAAGGCCAGGAGCCCUCCCUUUGGCAUUGUCCUUCUCAGCCUUGGAAUCAGGCUUCUUGCUUUGAGGAUCAAGAAGCCUAUAUCACAUGUGAAGGAAGGAAGGACAGUGACUGUCCAACCUCCAGGCAAUGCACAGAUAAAGACAAACUCCAGCUCAGGGGAGGGGAGACCCCAUGCUCUGGACGAGUGGAGAUCUGGCAUGAUGGCUCCUGGGGGACAGUAUGUGAUGACUCCUGGGAUCUAGCAGAGGCUAAUGUGGUUUGUCAGCAACUGGGCUGUGGUUCUGCUCUGGCUUCCCUAGAAGGGGCUGCAUUUGGCUCAGGAAAUGGGACCAUCUGGCUGGAUGAGGUACAGUGCAGAGGGAAAGAGACUUCUCUAUGGGAUUGUCCUGCAGAACCCUGGGGGCAGAAGGACUGUAAACAUGAUGAGGAUGCUGGUGUGGUGUGCUCUGGUGAGUGUGAGAACCAUAAUGGGCUAAGAACCUUGAAAAGGGAGCCAUUGAUCAGAUGA